AUGAUGGAAGAUUCCCGUAUUGCUGAUGAGUGUGUGGCAACCAUAGCCUUACCAGCAGGCUUGACUGAGAUGACACCAGCAGUGAGAGCUUCUGAUGCAUCGGAAAAUUCAGCUGUCUCCACCGCAUCCUCCGUAGACUUUGGUACUGUGGAGAUUCGAGAGUACGAACGCGUGGCUGGAGAUCAUCCAGAUGUUCAUGAUCCCUCUCGAGGACCUCCGUUAGCCAUUGGCUGGGCAUUCCACGAGAAUGCAGCCAUUUCGUUGAACUCCUUUGAAGAGAGCCGAAGAUUGACCCGAAGCCCAGCCUUGAGUCCAAUGAACGGAGAAAUGCGCAAGAACAUUCUCAAGCACGGCUUUCAAGUCUCUGAAACCGAGAUUCAAGCCAACAUGAAAGAGUCUAUGCGGUAUAAAAAGCUCAGGGAAAAGACCAACAAGCAAAGCAAGUUCGGUGAGCGGAUGGAAGGCUUGAUUCUGUCUGUAAAAAGAAGGUGA